CUUCGCGGGCAAGAUCGUGCCCAAGGCGCUGCUGCUGAAGGCGCCGCAGAAGGAGAAGAUGUCCAUGGAGAUCGCCAUCCACCGCAGCCUGCAGCACCGCCACGUCGUGGGCUUCCACGGCUUCUUCGAGGACAGCAACUUCGUCUUCGUCGUCCUGGAGCUCUGCCGGCGGCGGUCGCUCCUGGAGCUGCACAAGCGGCGGAAAGCGCUGACGGAGCCCGAGGCACGCUACUUCCUGCGGCAGAUCAUCCUGGGCUGCCAAUACCUGCACAGCAACCGUGUCAUCCACCGGGACCUCAAGCUAGGCAACCUCUUCCUGAACGAUGACAUGGAGGUGAAGAUAGGUGACUUUGGCCUGGCCACGAAGGUGGAGUAUGACGGCGAGCGGAAGAAGACCUUGUGCGGGACGCCCAACUACAUUGCCCCGGAGGUGCUGGGCAAGAAGGGCCACAGCUUCGAGGUGGACGUUUGGUCCAUCGGCUGCAUCAUGUACACCCUCCUUGUUGGGAAGCCACCCUUUGAGACUUCCUGUCUAAAGGAAACCUACAUCCGAAUCAAGAACAACGAGUACACUAUCCCAACGCACAUCAACCCCAUUGCUGCUAACCUCAUCCAGAAGAUGCUGCGUUCAGACCCGGCCGCGCGCCCCACCAUCGAGGAGCUGCUGAGCGAUGAGUUCUUCACGACGGGCUACAUCCCCUCCCGGCUGCCCACCACCUGCCUCACGGUCCCGCCCAGGUUCUCCGUGGCCCCGAGCGGCUUCGACGCCAGUGGGAGGAAGCCACUCACAGUGGUGAACAAAGGCCCAGAGAGCCCUGCGCUGGAGAAGCUGCCGGAGAAGGAGAAGGAGGAGGAGGAGGCCCGCUGUGACCCGCGUGAGCCUGUGGACUGCCACUUGGCGGACUUGCUGCAGCAGCUGGCGCUCGUCAACUCCUCCAAGCCCUCGGAAAGAUCCCCGGUCAGGCAAGAGGAGGCGGAAGACCCUGCCUGCAUCCCCAUCUUCUGGGUCAGCAAAUGGGUGGACUACUCGGACAAGUAUGGCCUAGGCUACCAGCUGUGCGACAACAGCGUGGGGGUUCUCUUCAACGACUCGACCCGGCUCAUCAUGUACAGCGACGGGGACAGCCUGCAGUACAUCGAGGAGAACGGCUCCGAGUCCUACUUCAGCGUGCGCUCCUACCCAGAAGCCUUCAACAAGAAGAUCACGCUGCUGAAAUACUUCCGGAACUAUAUGAGUGAGCAUUUGCUGAAAGCGGGAGCCAAUAUCACUCCUCGAGAGGGCGACGAGUUGGCACGGCUUCCUUACCUGGGGACCUGGUUCCGCACUCGCAGUGCCAUCAUCCUGCACCUGAGCAAUGGCACCGUGCAGAUCAACUUCUUCCAGGACCACACUAAGGUUAUCCUCUGCCCCCUGAUGGCUGCGGUCACCUACAUCAACGAGAAGCGGGAGUUCCGCACUUACAGGCUGUCCCUGAUCGAGGAGUUUGGCUGCUGCAAGGAGCUGGCCAGCCGCCUCCGCUACGCCCGCACCAUGGUGGAGAAGCUGCUGACCUCCAAGUCCGCUGCUGCCUGUGCAAAGUCCUCCAGCUAGUGCCCGGCUGCAGUGGGCUGUCUUCUAGUCCAGAGCUG